GUGCUCGCCAUGCACAGCUUGAACACUUCCAGCGUUAUGCUUCUCCUCUUUGUUAUUUCGGUAAUCUCAAGACGGGUGCGACUGCUGAAAGAUUGCUCUCGGUUGCAUGCCUGCUACAAGAAGACGAGUAAUUAUUGAUCACCAGGUAUAGAAGGAUUUCAAGCUUCGAAUUCGGUCCGGAUCGACUCGUAGAUGAAGAUGAAGCAAAUCUGUUUGCAUGACAUUCAUUCAAAUACGCCUACAGAAAACGAAUAUUGUGAUGACUUCAGAAUUUAAGAC